ACAGAAUACACAGACAGAGACAAUCCUCUGCAAGGAAGAGCUCUCGCUUUCGCUAGCGCGAGAGAGAGAAGGAAGGAGGGAAGGAAGGAAGGUGGUACACACGAGGAAGAGGGAGAGUGGGAGAAAGAUCGGCAGCAGGUGGGUGAAGAUUGUAAAUUCGAUCACGUCUUGGUGAAUCUAACCCUGGAGGAUGUCGCCAAGACGUGACGAUCACAAGCUGUUUCUGGAUCUAUAGUAGAGCGCAGAUUUUUCUUUUCCUGAGCACUUGUGAUCCGACUUCCUAGCAUCUGGUGGUUUUUAGGUCUUUCGGUGGACAGUGUGGGAGCAUUGCAGGACGGGGACUGAGGCAGGAAAGAUUGGAGACUGUGUUGAGGAGACUUUGGCCGCCAAAAUGACAUCAUCCGGAUCUCCCGUGAUCGUUCCGAGAAACUUUCGGCUAUUGGAGGAGCUAGAAAGAGGUGAGAAGGGUAUUGGUGAUGGCACAGUUAGUUAUGGUAUGGACGAUGGUGAAGACGUUUUCAUGCGCUCAUGGACUGGCACGAUCAUCGGACCCAAUAACUCUGUCCACGAAGGUCGUAUCUAUACUGUGAAGCUGUUCUGUGACAAGGAUUAUCCCGACAGACCACCAAGCGUCAGAUUUCACUCUCGAAUCAACAUGACCUCCGUCAAUCAGGAGACCGGCGUGGUUGAUCCUAGACAUUUCUCCAUGCUAGCGCAGUGGCGUCGGGAGUACACUAUGGAGAACAUCCUUACCGAGCUGAAACGGGAAAUGGCAGCCCCAUCUAACCGUAAGCUGCAGCAGCCACCAGAAGGCAGCAUCUUUUAAAUACGUCGUCUGAUCAAGUUGAUACCUGCACGUAUUGUACUCAAUGAGUGUUCGGCACACUUGAAGUUGAACGAUGGGGCAGGGGUUGGAAGCUCAGAGUUCGGGGACUGGACCAGAGAGCAUGUACAGUGGCGUGUCAUGCUCUCAGCUGCUCAGGAAGUGAUCAUCAAUAUGUAGCUGUGAUUUGUUUCCAUUUGAUGAUGAUGGGGGUAGGGAGUAUAUUGAAGUCGCUAGCUGAACAUGGCGAAUUCGAGGCUCCCAAGGAGUCAUAUGCAAACAGCUAGUGUAUCGCAAUUCAUAUAAUUGGAACUUGCCGCAGUGAUUGCCAUUAUAUGUAGGGGUGGGGAGCGGACACUUGAGAUGGUUUGAUGCUAUAAUCCGCUUCGGUAGGAACGAAAGAUGUAUUUUCUUUCAAAUGACUUGCAUUUCUGAACAGAUGGUAUCACAAUUUGGAUUCUAUCCACAUGUAUCUCAACGAGCUACUAAGCGAUAGAUCAGUAUGUAUAGAACUCGGAAUCCCAUCCAUGUGAAGAAGGUUGACCUGUGAAAGUUGACCAGCAGUUCAAUCGAGAGUAUCAAGUACCUUUUUGCUGUCCGUAGUGCUCAC